CAGCACCAGUCUCAUUCAGUUUAAGAUCAGGAGACAGGCAUUUAACCGAGCACCGAUAGACUGGCAGUCAGCAAACGACCUUAAGUUUAGCUAGUCAGCGUUAACUUAGUAACAAUUAAUUGUGCCUGCAGUGGCUUUGGCAAACCACUGAGUGGCAAACAAUUAAAGGAUAGCGUUUAGGCAACUGCAGCGUAUGUAGUUUAAAGGUGGUUACAGUAGUAUAGCUCUGUAUUGCGUCAGGUUGAUCAAGACUCGCGGUAAGAGCUUGUAUGCUAGCUAUUGAAAAUGAUUAGAUUUGCAUCCGUAAGACGCAUAAUUUCAGAGGUUCCAGUAUGGAGAUGUCUUCAUCAGAUAACCAAAGCACCACCCAGAAUAACCUCCGCUGACAGAUCGUUGAGCAUCAAGCCCGUGAGCUGGCCUGCCUCACGUCUUUGUCACGGGGAUUCACGAAGCACCUCAGAGAGGGCCGACAGCAAAGGGGGGUUCAGUUUGAGGGCCCUCAGCCAGUCUCCCAAACCAGCUCUAUAUCUCGGUUUCUCUGGCCUCAUCCCUUUCCUGUCUGCCCCUCUCCUGAUGGCUGCCUCACACUCUUUCUACCCUGAACUGGCAUACGCUCAAGUGGUCUAUGGAGCCUCUAUAGUCUCCUUCCUUGGAGGUGCCCGCUGGGGGUUUGCCAUUCCUGCUGGUAGUCCUGCACAGCCUGACUGGAAGAACUUGGGGAACAGUGUUGUGCCUUCACUUCUGGCUUGGCUGGCACUGGUCUGUAAGGACAAUAUCGCAGAGGGAGCCCUGGUAGUUAUUAUGGGACUGGGUCUUUCUCUGCACUACGACCUGAUCCUGCUACCUGGCUAUCCCUCCUGGUUCAAAGCCAUGCGAACUAUCCUCACUCUGGUCGCUACUUUCUCAUUAGUGGCUACCCUGACAAUUAAACAAUUCUACCCGGAGAAGAAGCUCAACAAAAUUCAGAACUGAUUUCAGAUAAUUCAUACUGUGAGCCACAUGGACUUAUAAAAAAAUGCCAAAUUAAGUGCAGAUCUCUAGACAGUCUGGAUUGUUCAUAGCAACACCAACUCACAGCGGUUAUUUUUAUAUAGUUAUUAUAUUUAAAUGUACAGCAAGACAGACUGAAAUGAAUGAAACAUUCAUGAGAAAACAUUUGUAAGAUCACAUUCUUUGCUGUGAAAAGUACAGAUAAAAGGUUUCUCAAUAAAAUGUAUUUGAAUAUAGAAA